CGAUGGGCUCGGUGCCGCAGUCGCGAUGCGCACGCCGGCCGGUCCCGCGGCCUGCGUCGCGCUACUCCUGCUUUACCCUGUCGUCCUGGUACUCGCCCAGCACACUGGAUACUAUGCUGAGGAGCCGCACACUGACGACGCGAUCGAUGCAGUGAGCACCGUGUCGCGAGCGGUGUGCCCGUCGGACCGAGUGCUGCGCGUGCGACAGAUGUGUCGCGUGGAGGGCGUGGACGUUCAGUGCAUGCGACUCACCUGCUGCGACACGCACCGAUACGUGUCGGGACAUUGCAUUCCAAAAUCACAGGAGCCUUGUAGUCUGAAGCUAUGCGAGCAAGCGUGCGAGAUCCAAGGGGAAAGGAUGUGGUGCACCUGUUACCCAGGCUUCCAGUUCAACGAAGAAAACUACUCGCGGAGACAGCAGCCUUACUGUGUUGACGUGGAUGAAUGCGCGGUGAACAAUGGUGGGUGCGAACAUCACUGUGUCAACGAUCCCGGGGGCUUCCACUGCGAGUGCGCAGCGCCGCUGUCCUUGGCUAGCGACGGCAAGGCGUGCGUGCCCAGGAUGCCCAUAGUCGCCUUACCGGUAUUAGAGCCACUUCCUCUAAUCCGCGCGUCAUCUCGUUGCUACGCGCCGUGCGACACGGUCACCUGGCUGUCGCGGAAGGUAAAGCAGCUCAACGACCAGUUGCACACCACGCAGGCCGCUCUCAAGAAGCUGAUGGAAAACCCUGUGCUGAAGGGGGAAGGUGGCGAUCGCCAAGCAGAUGGCUCGUAUACUUACAAGCUGCUAGACGCAACUGUCCCCUUGGAAGGAGGGUACUGUAGGUGUGAAAGAGGACCCAGGGGUCCUCCGGGCGCGACAGGAGCUGAAGGUCCAAAAGGUGAUACAGGCCCGAGGGGACCACGUGGUCCGCGGGGGCCCAAAGGUUCCCUAGAUAUAAUGCUGCUCAUGCUAGCCGACAUCAGGCAUGACAUACAGAACCUCGAGUCCAGGGUUUAUAAAGAUGGAGAACGGCCGGAACGUUUUAAUUUGCAAAAAGCGUGGCGCAAACAACGCAAACAAGAAAAACUUGACAAAGAAGGUAAAACGGAACAAGAUUUAGAAGCGUUCACAGCACCAUCCAUUGAAGGGCCCGUCGAAAUUUCACCACGAGGUCGCACGGGAGAGGUACCCCGUGAGUCGACCACCGACUAUUCACUGGUGAAGGGCGAUCCAGAUCCUGACCUUCCUCUGGGGCUGGUCGACGACAUGGACGCACUACAACGCCUUCGCCAGUACCACCUGCUGGGCAACACCACCCAGCAAGAGGACGACGAGCCCGACAAUGAUUAUGAUUACAGCUUCUAUUAAUAAAUGAUUUUUAUAUGA